CAGGGGGGGGAGCUUCAGGCCUGCUGGCUGGGGACUCCGCCAUUUUGGGCGCUUCGCGGAUGGGAUCGGCGAGCGCGCUUCGCGCCUGAACGCAGCCAGCGGCAGGGCCGGCAAGCUAUCCUUUUGAACAAGCUUAAAGAAGUAGAAAAGGAGUUCUCCUGCCAGCCACGUCCUGCCUUGGUCACCUGAGCCAGCACGUGUUUGACUCUGCACCCCUCGUCCCCUGCUUCUGCAAUGAAGGAAGGGGAGAAGUGCUGCUAACCCUUCAGCCGCUUUGGGAACCUCCAUCCUCUUGGCUGGAAAGCCCAGGUGGUAUCUGGCCUGUCUCUGUUUAGACAGAAGGCUUGUAGAAGAGGAGCCAGUGACCACCUCAGAACUGCGUCAACUCAUUCCAAACAUGGAGUUGCAGGCCUUUGGAGAGCAUCUCCUACAACUUUCCCAUUUUACAGUUGAACCCUGUGUCCCUGUGUCUUCGCCCCUGCUAAUCUGCUAAUGCAGUAAAUUGGAAGAUUGCUGUUCCCAGGAUACCCUGUAAUGGGCAAGGAGCCACCGAGAAGAACAUUUUUCUUUUAAUUUUUAAGCUUUGGUUUGAAAGGGACCUGGGCUCCUGUUGAAAAGUGACGGAAUAAACUGAACUCUGCACCUGGCCCCGGCCCGGCCUGGCCCCGGCCCGCUGACAAAGAGACAGAGAGAGAGAGAGCCCUUAAUGGCAGCUCGCCCGGGAGGGAGUUUCUGAAAGAACUCAGGGACAUGUUUGCAGUAACCAUGUUUUGGAAAUUUGACCUUCACUCGUCAUCCCACAUAGACACACUUCUAGAGAGAGAAGAUGUAACACUGAAGGAAUUAAUGGAUGAGGAAGACGUUUUGCAAGAAUGUAAAGCUCAGAACCGCAAACUUAUUGAGUUUCUGUUGAAGGCAGAAUGUCUUGAAGAUUUAGUCUCAUUCAUUAUAGAAGAACCACCUCAAGACAUGGAUGAAAAGAUCAGAUACAAGUACCCAAAUCUAGCUUGUGAAUUGCUCACUUCCGAUGUCUCUCAGAUGAAUGAUAGAUUGGGAGAAGAUGAAUCUUUGCUAAUGAAGCUGUACGGCUUCCUCCUGAAUGAUUCCCCUUUGAACCCGUUACUUGCCAGUUUCUUCAGCAAGGUGCUCAGUAUCCUUAUUAGCCGAAAACCAGAACAGAUUGUGGAUUUCUUAAAGAAGAAGCACGACUUUGUAGACCUCAUCAUAAAACACAUCGGGACGUCGGCUAUCAUGGACUUAUUGCUCAGGCUGCUGACUUGUAUCGAGCCACCACAGCCCAGGCAAGACGUGUUGAAUUGGUUAAACGAGGAGAAAAUUAUCCAGAGGCUUGUGGGAAUCGUCCAUCCAUGUCAAGAAGAAGAUCGGCAUUCCAACGCCUCGCAGUCGCUCUGUGAAAUUAUCCGUCUGAGCAGAGACCAGAUGUUACAAGUCCAGAACAGCCCAGAACCAGAUCCCCUGCUUGCCACUCUAGAAAAGCAAGAGAUUAUCGAACAGCUUCUGUCAAAUAUUUUUCACAAGGAAAAAAACGAAUCGGCGAUUGUCAGUGCGAUCCAGAUACUGCUGACUUUGCUGGAGACCAGGCGGCCAACAUUUGAAGGCCAUAUAGAAAUCUGCCCACCAGGCAUGAGUCACUCAGCAUAUUCAGUCAACAAAAGUGUUUUAGAAGCCAUAAGAGGAAGACUUUCGGCUUUCCAUGAACUCCUGCUUGAGCCACCCAAGAAAAGUGUUAUGAAGACCACGUGGGGCGUGUUGGACCCUCCUGUGGGGAACACUCGCUUAAAUGUGAUCCGACUGAUCUCGAGCCUCCUACAGACCAACACAAACAGUGUCAAUGUGGACCUCAUGGAACUCAACAGCAUUGGUGUGAUACUGGACAUGUUCUUCAAAUAUACGUGGAAUAACUUUCUACAUACUCAAGUAGAAAUCUGUAUUGCCCUGAUUCUUGCGAGUCCUUUGGAAAGCCCAGAAAAUGGCACUGUUACUGAUCAAGAUCCCAUUGGUGACAAUCUUUUACUGAGACACCUGUUUCUUAAGUGCCAGUUAGUGGAACGAAUCCUUGAAGCCUGGGAAAUGAAUGAGAAGAAACAGGCUGAAGGAGGAAGACGCCACGGUUACAUGGGCCACUUAACGAGGAUCGCUAACUGUAUUGUGCACAGCACGGACAAGGGGCCAAACAGCACGUUAGUGCAGCAGCUGCUCAAAGAGCUUCCAGAUGACACCAGAGAACGAUGGGAAACCUUCUGCAGCAGCUCUUUAGGGGAGACAAACAAACGGAACACAGUAGACCUGGUCACAACCUGCCAUAUUCAUUCAUCCAGUGAUGAUGAAAUUGACUUUAAAGAGACGGGUUUCCCACAGGACUCUUCUUUACAGCAAGCCUUUUCUGAUUAUCAGAUGCAACAAAUGACGUCCAAUUUUAUUGACCAGUUUGGCUUCAAUGAUGAGAAGUUUGCAGAUCAAGAUGACAUUGGCAAUGUUUCUUUUGAUCGGGUGUCAGACAUCAACUUUACCCUCAAUACAAAUGAAAGUGGAAAUAUCGCCUUGUUUGAAGCGUGCUGUAAAGAGAGGAUACAGCAGUUUGAUGAUGGGGGUUCUGAUGAGGAGGAUAUCUGGGAAGAGAAGCACGUCGCCUUCACCCCGGAGUCCCAGAGACGGUCAAGUUCAGGGAGCACAGACAGCGAAGAAAGUACAGACUCUGAGGAGGAAGAUGGAGCGAAACACGAUUUGUUUGACUCCAGCAAUGCCCACCCAGAGGACAAAAUGGAAGUGGAUUUGAACGAACCACCCACUUGGUCAGCCAACUUUGACGUGCCCAUGGAGACAGCACACGGUGCCAGCCUUGACUCGGUGGGGUCUGACGUUUGGAACACAGAAGAACCUAUGCCAACUAAAGAGACUGGUUGGGCUUCGUUCUCUGAGUUCACAUCCCCAUUGAGUACAAAGGAUUCUUUAAGGAGUAAUUCUCCAGUGGAAAUGGAAACCAAUACUGAACCAGUGGACCCCUUGACUGCCAGCGCUGCGGCCCUGACGGCACCCCCAGAGGCCCCAGGCAGUGUUGCUAUGGACGCCACUUCUGAUGGAGAAGAUGAUGCAGAAAGUGCCGACAAGGUAACGGAGACAGUGAUGAACGGCAGCAUGAAGGAGACGCUCAGCCUUACGGUAGAUGCUAAAACUGAAACUGCCGUCUUCAAAAGAGUGUUGAAAUCCUAUCGCGAAGAAGGAAAAUUGUCUACCUCUCAAGAUGCUUCUUGUAAAUAUGUGGUGGAGGAGAGGACGGAAGGUGCUGAUGCCAGUCCUGCUGCUUCCCAGCCAGCCGGGCUGAGCCCAGAGCAGAGGACUGAUCAGCCAAGCCUUUUAGGAGAGACCUCUGUUAACGGCCCUGUAUGAUAUGUAAUGUCUCCUGCUGUUGACUGAGGACUCCAGACUGAUAGCCAUGGGUUAAAAACGUGUUUAUUGAGGAUUUCAUCCAGAGCCUGUCCAAGCCAGUCACUGCUGCACUAACUUUGCGAGGGAUCAGGACCAGCAACGUUUAUAUUCUAGAUUUGAAGACAUUGUACAGAGAAAUUCAGAAGUGUAAAAAUCUUGCACAUUGACAGAUACCAAGCAUUUUUGCCUAUGUUUAUAUUGUAUUGUUAGGAAUCCUGGGUGGCCUGUGGAAAAAGACCUUGCCCCCCUUGUAAUAAUAGUAGGAAUACUAGAGUUCAAAUGGCUGUAAGAUUAGUUUUAUAAAAGUGAAUUCACAGAUCUAUUGUAUUUGAGACAUGACUAUUUGACAAUUAGUGUGACCAAAGUCUUUAGGCCGUUUUCAUACAUUUUUUCACCUUGUACAAAAUUCUGAACUCAUUUUUCUUCCAGGUUGGCAAGAAGUUGUAGGAUUGAAAUGCCCUCUAAGGGUUAUUUUGGUUGUUCUGACUCUCAAAAGUGAUUUUAAAUAAGAAAUUUUGGGUGUUCUUUUUAUAACCAGUUUUUAAUUGGUAACUGUUUUCUGUAUUGUUUAAAACAGAUCAAAAUGUAAGUCUAUUGGUAGAGAUUUUAAGUAUUUAUUGCUACAACUUAGUUGACAAAUUGAUGUUACUGUAAAGCCAUAUGUUCUGUUCAGUCUUGUUUGCUUGAAAUGAUUCCUCACGCCAAUGAAACACUAGGUUAUUUGGAGUGGAUAUGUAUGGCUUGUGGUUUGGGGUUUUGGGUUUGUUCUUUUGGUUUUUGGUAGUUCACCUGCCUUUUAACCCAUUCAUUCACCAAAUUGUACCUUGUUAACCAAGCAUUACAAAUGAACAUUUCAGAACAAUCUGCAUAUUUAUAGUACUCUACUCGUAUUAGGCAAAUCACAGGAGUCAGUGCACGCACUGCUAAUGGAAUUAGCAUGCGUUCAUUUUUUUUGGGCAUAGCAUUUUCAAAGUACAAAUCAAAAUUGGGCACCUGAGCAUGUUCAUUGUUUUCCUGUACCUUGUGAAGUUUUCACUCGUAAAUUCUAAGCCAGUGUAUUUUUUUAGACCUGGUUUGUGUAUAUAUAGUGAUUAUGGAUACUAAUUCAUUGUAAUUUAUAAUUUUCUAUGUCAGUAUAAAAAUCCACCCGCCUUCUCCAACAGCAGAAGAGAUGGGCCGCAUGUCGCCGUGUCGUCCGUCUGGUGAAGGGGUCACUCCUACGUUACCUCUUGCACUUUUAGAUGCAAAUCAAUUUUUCAUUUCUGUAAUAGAAAGUUCUUCACCUAUUUUUACGUCAUUUGUUUUUUCCUGACCAGUAUUUAAAACCAAAAGGAUACUCUGAACGAUGGCCAACGAUUUUUUAGAAAUAGCCUCCCAAGCAGCGUGCCUAAACAUUACAUUACAUACAGAAAUAAAAAAAAAUCAAAUGUAUGACGGCUUAUUGCUUAUUCCUUUUUCCAUUUCCAAUGAUAUCGAAACGACCCAGGGAUGUCCAGAAGCAGCCCCACCCAUUCUGGGAAUGGAGGGACUCAAGUCUGAGAGCUCAGAUCCCUAGGCCGGGUGGGUCAUCAUUGCCCCUGCCCAGGUGGACUUGGGAGUGGCCCUUUCAACAGUGACCAUUGUCCUCUGGAGGCGAUCCAAUCCGUGCGCCCAGAGGCCUUUGGAAGGAUGACUGUGGUGACCAGGGGAGGGGCUGGACUCUGUGCCUCCCUUCACUGGCUGGAACACGUCCCCAUCCUGCUUUGGGUUCCACAGCUGCCUGUGGACUUGCUCGAGAGGCUGCCGGGGCCCUCCUUCCCCUUACCAUGAGGUGGCCCCAUGAGGCAGAGUUUGGGGGUUUUCCUGUGUAGUGGAGGGUCAGACAGGAGGAGGAGAAGGCGCCAGGAUGGUACGAGGCUGGACGGGUUUUCAUCCCCUUGCUUGGUGUUUUCUUUUUCAAUGGCUGCGUGUUCUCUGCUUUGGGAAAACAUCCUGCGUCAUGAGACCGAAGUCAUAGGAAGUGCGUUUGUGAAAGAAGAUGAAGCCUUCUCAUCUGGAGGUUCUGGCAUUCCUUGCAUGAUGGUCAGCCAGACUGGAACAGCAGGACAUGGAAAAGGCCUCUGGGGCUAGGGGGGAGAACCGGCAUUCAGGGACUGAGCAUCGUUUGCCUCGGAGCCUUCUGGACAGUCUUCUGAGUAAUUUUGUGUGUUGCUUCAGAGUCCGAGGUGAAAUUCUGCAAGAACUCUGCCCUCUUAGCCUUUGUCUGGCUCUCCUUCCCGUCUCCCAGGUAGGGGUGUGACCCUCGGCGGCUUGCUGGAUGACCACAGGGAUAUCUCAGCGUCUCGGCUCCUGCAGGCAGGCAGGCAGGCGAUCAUUCCCUGGGCUCUCCCCUUCCUUGAACCCACAACUCCACAUGUGCCUUGGUGGUUCUGUCCACCUGCCUGAGUCCUCAGGCCAGCACUUGGGUCUUCCAAAGUCAGGCCUUCAUAACCAUGUUUCCAGUUUUAUCUGUCCUCUGUGCUCUCUUCUUGCCAGGGUGCCGUCCACUGGGGCCAAUAGUCUGGGCUCUUUGCCAUUUGCCCAAGACCAUCUGACUCCUCAUUGCUCCGGAUGUUCCCCUUGUCUUCCCAUUUAGAUCAGAACUCCCGGCAGAAGCAUUUCUGUUGUUGGGCCAGGCAGGCCUUGUAUCCAGUAAGCGCUCAAUUGAUGCUUGUUAGCAGGCAAGAUGGAAUCAGGCUGGUGGCUCUUCCUUUGAUAAGUCAUAUGCUUUUAGAAAGAAUCUCAUGCCUUUUGGAGUGAGAAAGCUAAUGGCUCCUUGCUGGUGUAUAACAUUUGUGUAGCACCUUACUGUACUUGCGCCUGGGGUUGCCAUUUUGCAGGUAGAGGAAGGAGAGACUGACAGGUUAAGUGCUUUGCCCAGAGUCCCACAGAUAGUGUUAGGAUUUGAACCCAGGCCUUCCUGACUCCACGUCCAUUCCUCUGCCUUGCUGCCUCUAAAACAGUCCUCACUACCACAAAUCACAAAGUUUCCUGCAUGGUAGAUUACAGGGGUCGGCACAGCUAGCCCAGGAGAAUAUUUUAGCAUCCUCACCUUCCUGCCAGGUAAAUGAGCCUGAAGACCCGGCGUAUUUUUUCCACGUGUAGCAGAAGUCGGCUUUCCUAGCCAGGCCUUCUUCCAUAGUGUCCAUGCGGCCAGCCACCAUCAUGGCUCUUAAUGAAGGCCAGCGGUGCCCACCCCUCAGGUCACCUGCUCUGCAGAAUUCCUGCUGACCCGCCUUUUCUGGUUGCUUCUGGGCCUCUGGAGCUCAACAAGAUACUGGGAGGACACGGCACCAGUUAAGCUUAUUACUCAGAACUCUGAUCUGCGGGUUGCUAGAGACCGCAUGUCCAGCCUGGGAGCCCCAAGAGCCCGUGUGUUGGGAGUGAGUUAGUCGGUGAGCCUAGAGGGGAUUCUGCUUCAGCUCCUGACUCUUGGGUUGGAGUUUGGGGCUCAAGUUACCUACGGGCCUCUGGGGAGGCAGGAACAGAGCACUGAACGCCAACCUGGUGCAGAUUACAACGUCCAGUGGAGGACGAUGGAGCCGGAUACCCGAGUCAGGCUUUGAAAGGGAGGGCCCUUGGGAAGCAGUGACUGCACGAGGUUAAUUCCGUUAAUUCCUUUCCUCUCUCGAUUAUCUCUGGUUUAUCCUGUCUGUAUCUCGUCUCUACACAGAAGCAGAAACGUUAUUUGUUCCAGUUAGACGCUGAGCUUCUCGACAGCAGGGACUGUUUUGACUUUCUUUGUUUUCCUAGGCCUUAGCACAGUGCCUGGUCCAUAGUGGGCACUUAAUAAAUGUGUUUGGACUGACUUCCUGGCCUUCAGAUUCUUCUCUUCCCCCUGUUCUUCAGAAUGCCUCUGCCGUCCUUGACUCUAUGAACUGUCCUUUCAGGGCAUCACAAUGGAAAGAAGUGAUUUGGAGUUGGAUCCCAGGCUGCCACUUCAGCUGUUUUACCUUAACUUUUAUGUUUGUGCGUCCCUUCCCCUAUGGGCCUGUCUCUUCGUUGGUAAAAUAAGGCAGUAAAAUGAUAAAGCUUUUGAAGUUCCUCCAGUUCUAAAUGUAUGAACCUCUCCUGCAUCCUCAGUCUCUCCUAUUCUUGUAGCCCCUUUCAGUCUAUACAUGUGCUCGGGUGUCCCCUAUCUUUCAAAAACCCCACCCACCUUCCCUUGAGCCAUUCACCCCCUCCAGCCACCAUCUCGUUUCUUCCCUCAAAGCCAGGCAGCGAGGGUGUGCUACAUUUGGAGUCUGAAGACCUGGGUUUUAAUUGUGUCUCUGCCUUUUCACUUGUAGAAUGCAAUGAUUCCAGCUACUAGGGCAAGAACUCACUAUUCAACAAAAACUCCUAGGAGAAAGCAGUCUGGUAGAAACUAGGUAUAGACCGUCAUCUCACACUGUAUACCAAGAUAAGCUCAAAAUGGGCACAUGAAUUAAACAUGAUGAGUGACAUCAGAAGCAGUAAGUUAUUGGAGCAUGGCGGGGGUGGGGGCGGGCAAAGAAGAGGUAGGUUCACAGGAAAUAGUAUUGAUUGUUUUGAUUACAUAAAAUGUAAAGGCUUUUGCACAAACAAAACCAAUGCAGUGAAAACUAGAAGAAAAACUCCUUACAAGUUUCUCUGAUAAAGGUCUCAUUUCUAAGAUAUAUAAAGAAUUAAGUCAGACUUGCAAGAAUAAGUCAUUGAUAAUAAAGGCCAAUGGUUAUGAGCUGGCAGUUUUCAAAAGAAGAAGCCAAAUCCAUCAAUCGCUGUAUGAGAAAUGUUCUAAAUCACUAAUAAUUAGGGAAAUACAAAUUAAAAUAACUUCAAGUCCAUUGGAUUGGCUAAGGUUACAGAAAAGGAAAAUGACAAAUGCUGGAGGGGAUGUGGAAAAGAAGAUGCACUGAUGAAUGUAUUGUUGGUGGAGGUAUGAAUAAGUCCAGCUAUACUGGAAGGCAAUUUGGAACUGCCCCCCCAAACUAUUAAACUGCAUACUCUUUGAUCUAGUGAUAACCUCUACUCAGUCUAUACCCCAAAGAGAUAGAAGAAAAUGGAAAUGGACCCAGAAUAUUUAUGGUAACAUGUUUGGGGUGGCAAAGAAUUGGAGCCUAUGGGAGAUGUCCAUCAGUUGUGGAAUGUCUGAACAAGUUAUGGUAUAUGACUGAGAUGGAAUGACUUGUAUGAAUUGAUGCAGAGGAAAGUAAGCAGAACCAGGACAACAGUUUAUAGAGUAAGAGCAACAUUGUGAAGAAUAAUCAAUUUUAAUACAGUGACCAACCAUCAUUCCAAAGGACUCAUGAGGAAACAUGUUAUCCACCUCCAAAUAGAGAACUUAGGAACUCAGACUAAACUGUAUUUUUUAAAAAUUCUUUUAGGGGGCAUGGUUAAUGCAAGGAUUUGUUUGGGGUGACUGUGUUUGUAAUGGGUUUUGUUUUUCUUGCCUUCUCAGUGGGUGGGAGAAGAGGAGGAGGAGGGAGAGAAUUCAGAACUGAAAAUAAAAUUGUGUUAAAUGCG